UCGAAGAACGAAACCGUAUUCCAAUAAAAACCCGACUAGGAUACAAACAUUUUGAUUCGAACUAUAAUAAACGAGUCCGAUUUGACGAUGCUAGAAAUUUAGAUUUUAGACCAGCGGGGUACAGAAGUGAACUGCCGAAGUGGGACCAGCGUAUAUGUGAUUUUUGCGGACUGAGAGGACAUGUGGCGAGAAAAUGUUAUAAGAAAAAGAACCAGCACAAAUAUUCAGUGAAUAGAAUGGACAUUCCGGGUAGCAGUAAGGAGAGCAUAUGUGAUCUGCUCGGGCGCAUGAAUACCAGGGACUCGGAUGACGAUGUAGAUGGAGAUUCGGAUACAGAUUCAAAUUGGAAGCGUUCCCGUCCUCGCACAUCGCACUCAGCUGAGGACCAAUAAAUACUCGAACUCAAUGGUUCGCCCGAAUGUACUGAUCAAUGUCAGCAAUCAACAGGAGAAAAACACUUACAUGAAUUCGACACCAGCUGAGAGGGAUCUAGGAACAACACAAACGUACGAUGAAAGCAUGAACCCUAAUAGAAUUGAGGUGUCUGUAUUGGGCAAUUCCGCAGAUAACUGUUUAUCGAGCGACCAAGAAGAUUUUCGGGGUUUCCCGGAAGAAAGCAUGGAAAGGAGAACGCUAAGGAAAAGAAAAGCCGAUAAUACGGCUUUCGAGUGUCCACGUAGAUCAAAACGGAAUAGAAAAGCAAAACGUUUCGAAGAUUUUGUAUAGUUAUUAAAUGUAAAGCAAAUAUUUUCUUUCGAAUUAAGUAAAUACGGUUGAAUUUAUUUCAAUUGAUAUUUUUUUUGAAUUUGGAUAUUUCCUUCUCAAGUGGGAAGGACUGUUAUGUACAGUGCCAUCGAAUACUUUAUAUUGCACAUUAUAGAUUAAGAGUACAACAUAUUUGUGAAGUAAAUAAAAUAACUGGCAACUUGGCGAA